AUGGGUCGAGCUCCUUGCUGCGAUAAGGCGAACGUGAAGAAGGGACCCUGGUCACCUGAAGAAGAUGCUACACUCAAGGCUUAUAUUGAAGAGCAUGGCACUGGAGGCAACUGGAUUGCCCUUCCUCAGAAAAUUGGGCUCAAAAGAUGUGGAAAAAGCUGCAGACUACGUUGGUUAAACUAUCUGAGGCCCAACAUCAAGCAUGGUGGAUUCUCAGAAGAAGAAGACAACAUCAUCUGCAACCUCUAUAUCAGUAUAGGCAGCAGGUGGUCUAUAAUUGCAGCCCAAUUGCCCGGAAGAACUGAUAAUGAUAUCAAGAACUACUGGAACACCCGGCUGAAGAAGAAGUUGCUCGGAAGGCGCAAACAGUCCGGUGCUAAUCGGGGAAGUCAGGACCUUAAGGAUGCCGCCGAUGACGCGCAUCAGGCUUUAAGCAGCUCAGCCCUCGAGAGACUUCAACUUCAUAUGCAACUGCAGAACCUUCAGAACCCAUUCUCUUUCUACAACAACCCUGCCCUGUGGCCCAAGCUGCAUCCCUUCCAGGAAAAGAUGAUCCAGACCGCCCAAUGCAUGAAUGAUCAAAACUCUAGCAACCCUCUGAUGAUGCAGCAGUUUUCUGUCUCAACUCAUGAUCAAACAGUGCAAGGUCACAAGGUUAACGACCAUUUCUAUGAACAAACUGCUGGUGCUUUGGCAAUUCAGGAGCAAUAUGCAAAACUAUGCAUCAACCCCAAGAUGGAUGAAUUGGAGAACGCGUUGAAUGGCAUGUCAUCCUCCUUCAUAUCUGCUACAAGCAAUCCUGUGGACUCUACUAUUGUGAUUCCGAAAGCCGAUCAUAUUGAGCGGCAGGUAAAUUCCAGCUUCCAAGCUCAACUCGAUGGCAAUAACUCUGGUAGUUUCACAUCACAGCAGCAAGAUGAUCAGAUUGCUGAAUUUGAUUAUUUCAAGGAAAUGAAUGUCUCCAAGGAAAGCUUGAUGUGGUGGGCUAAUGACUUCGACAACAAAUCUGUGUCAUCAAACUCCUGGGAUUCCACUUCCGUUCUUCAGUCACAAGGGAUGUUUCAAGAUUACGAAUUAGGUUAUAACCUGUAGUUAUCAAGUUAUGCUGCCUAUAACACAUUUAUGCACCAAAUUGUGGAUCUCAUCAUCGACUAAUAGAGGAGGUACCAACAUAUACAUGUCGGUCCCACCUCUAUUAGAGAUAUCGUGCUCUGCAACGUGGUAUGCGAAUGUGGUCGAAGUAGUGGAUUUUAUCGAAUAGGGAUCGAUUUUUAAGGUACUGAGGUAUGAAUUUUCUAGUUAGGUCAUAAGAGGAUUAUGGCAAAUUUAAAUAGCUCCAUGUUUUGUAAAUUGUGUGAAUUAUAAUAAUGUUACUAUCUUCUCUAUUGUCAAGCCAAA